CCCAGCGUCCCUCUUCGAUAACCUGCUAUCAAAUCUCUAGAAGACAGUCUCACUCAGUCAACGUCUCACGUAUUCCAUUAUGCUCUCCCGCUUUCCUCGAGCUCUCCCAGCGACCAUCCGGCCGACCCUUCGCGUCGGCCGGAUCUCAGCGCCAGUAGCUUCUCAUUACCAACCCCAGUCGAGUCCGGCUUCUCGCUCAUCUCGUCGGAGCUUCCAUUGCACCCCUGCAGCUCGUAAGGGCAUUUUCCCAGGCUCGUCGGACCCUCCGGCCCCAAACCCGCAAAGCAACAAUGUCGCGGGCGCCGCCAGCCAUGUCACCGAGCCAUCGCCAUUAACAGAUGCAGAAUACCAUGACUAUGCGGAACAUUAUCUCAAUGUGCUCCAGAGCGAGAUCGAGAAGGUCCAAGAGGAGGGUGCUGACAUAGAGGCUGAGUAUAGUGCCGGAGUAAUGAACAUCGUUCUUCCCAGUGUCGGCACCUAUGUCCUGAACAAGCAACCCCCCAACAAGCAGAUCUGGCUCAGCUCCCCUAUCUCCGGUCCCAAGCGGUAUGACUGGGUCGUGGAGGGAGACUACAUGCACGAGAAGCAGGAUAGUAGGCCUUUUGCUAGUGGGCAAUGGAUUUAUCUCCGGGAUGGAUCGAACCUGACGGACCUGUUGAAUACCGAGUUGACCUUGAAUAUCCCGAGAGAUGUCUACACUGAGGAACAGUGAUCUCUUUGUUCUGGUUGCAGUGUAUGCGACUUGGAUAUACGAAGAUGUGCCUAUGUUGCCCGGGCCACGAAUACAUGAAGUUGUGGUGGUUGUAGGGUAUGAGGGCUCUCUUAACUGAAUCUUGGUGGACUAUACAUUUCGGCAUCGGGUACUACACCAUAUACUUGUUGCGCAGACAUAAUACAAUAUGCAUAUUUGAAUUUCGUGGUGAACUACCGUUCCCAGAUUAAGUAUUGGGAUCCCACUGCUCUGU